UGAACCCUCCGUUGGGAGCCUGGCCCAGUGCUCUAACCCAGCACUCUCUGGGCCCCUCCUCUGUCAUGCUCCCCUGGACCUCUCUCCACCCUGCAAACACCUCCUCACCAUCACCUCCUCUACAAGCCUGCCUCCCCCCUCCAAGUCCACUGCUGUGAAGCAGUGUCUUUCCCUGACAUUGGAAGAACAGCCCUGGGAGGGCAGGAAGGUUCCCCAGAAGAGGAGGCAGGUGAGGGGCCCAUCCUUCACUGCCCAAGAGAAGGCCCUGUCUGAGCCCCAGCUCCAUCCCAGCGCCCAGCAGAGGGCCCGCCCAGCAGGCAUCUGGGGGUGAUGGUUGAGUGGUUGAAUGGAGGAACCACAGGCAGCAUGGGCAGCAAGAGGAGAGGUGCCAGGAGCCUGCGGGGCAGGGAGGGGCCGGCCCCCACCAAGUGUGUGGUGGACAAGUGCUUUGACCCUCUGGUCCGAAUGUGCGUGGACUGCAAGCUCCUCCGGACGCCAGAACCUAGACCGGCCUCGCCUCCUUCUGACCCUGCCCCUCCCCGGCCGUCCCUCCCCUCUGCCCCCUGCUCUCCCUCCCCGUCCACUCCACCAGCAGCCGGGCUUGGCAGCCUGGCGCCAGGGACGGCGCUGCAGCCGCAGGAGUCGGUGGGCGCGGGGGCCGCCGCCGAGCCCGAGGCCGAGGCCGCGCUGCCGCUGCCCGCGCUGCUCUUCGGCGCCCCCGCGCUGCUGGGGCUGGCGCUGGCCCUGGUCCUGGUGGGCCUGCUGAGCUGGCGGUGGCGGCGGCGGCGGCUGCGCGCGGCGGCUCCCCCCGGGGACCCGGACCCAGACCGGCACCCGCACGAGCCCCUGGACAACGUCAUCAUCCACCCCCCGAAACCCCUUGAUGCCACAGCUCCCGUCUGGCCUCCACCCAGCGAAGAUCCAGCCAACACCCCGCCUGCCCACAGCGUCCCUGUGCCGGCCACAGAACUGGGCUCCACUGAGCUGGUGACCACCAAGACUGCUGGCCCUGAGCAACAGUAGCAACGGAGGGGGCAGGAAGCGGCUCCUGUCCUCCCUGCGAGCUGUCAGCCAGGGGCUUGGAGGUUGGAUUCGUCUCUUCACUGCAGUGCCCACCUGCCCCUUUUCUGGGAACCUGGCCGCCCCCAGCUAACCCUGCAGAACUACAGACCGCAGACCACAGGGCUCAGACGGCAUGGCGUUCGGCAUGUAGCAUGUGGUGUAAAACCAGACCAUCUCUGGCAGCCGUCGAAGGUGGUGGCUGAGCUCAUGUGCCUUUGGGUGGCUGGGGCACUCUGCGUAGGAGGUUUUUCUUUAAGUGCAGGGAAGCCACCGUAAGCCAGAAUGAAUCUAGGAAAAUGAUGGAGUGGGAGGAUGCUUAAUUUACAGCAGGGUGUUGUAUUUCUUUAAUACUUGCUCUCGGAGCUGUCCCGCUUUAAAGCUGAUGCAAAUGGCAGCGAUGAGUAACCAACUGAGUGGUUUGCUUCAGGGUUUAAUAUAAGGUGAUCUUAACACAUAGCCUGGAUUGUGCUAAUUCUCGGGUAUCGUACCCCAAGGUCAACCCUGCGCCUGGCCCCGUCUUCUAGGACCUGUGAUGCCAUUUUCACUCUAGUAGCAGCUUCCAGAGCCCUCGGUUUGCACCGUGAGAGGAAGUGUUUGGCCCCCCUGGGGCUAGACUGCAAACUCACGCUGAAGGAUGCUCUCCCUCAGAGCCCACCUGGGGCCCAGCUGCCUUCAGGGCACACUCAGCUGUGCACAGGGAAAGGCCCAGGACCCGCAAGAGGUUCCUUGUUCAGAAGCCAGAGCAGGGCUGUGGCCUUGAACCAGCUGGACCUGAUGUCCCUUGAGCUCCCCUUGUCUGUGGUCUCUGCUCUUCAAGCGAGGCCCCAGGUGCUGGGGUCACUUGGCCAUUCUAUGCCAGCCUCUGGGAUCACCCAUUAUGCCAGUGGAAUUGCUCCUCUGACAGCAGUGCCCUUGCUCUGGGGCCUGGGGCUGAGACCGUCUCCUCUAGUUGGGGACCACGCUACGCUUGGUCAGGCGCUGCCUCUCCCACUGGCCCUCCUACACAGAGUUAGAAACUCCCGACCUGGAUUCUGUCCUGGACAGUCCUUGGAACUUGUCACAACUUAGCACCCUCACAAGGAGCGUGGACUAGGAGUCAGGAGAUGGAGCUUUGGGUACCACUUUGUCUCACUAGAGGGCCUUGGCAUGUUCUGUUCCAUGCAUCAUAUGCUUCCUGCCCACCUCUCCCUGACCUUCCCAGCAGACACUCACCCUUCCCGCCCACCCCCUUCUCAGCCCAGAAGAUGGUCUGGAGCCCCUAGCACCCUGAGGCCCACAUUGAACUCUUCCUGCCCACUCCCUCCCUGAAUGCACCCCAAGUGCCCCGAGCCCCGGGCUGCCAGGUAGCUUGGGUGAGGUCAGGUGGCUAGCGGUAAGCAGGAGGGUGGGAAUCGGGCCCAGACAUCCAGACCCUUUCAACUCAGGACUGGGGAGUCUGCAGGCCUCCUCCUGACCACUCCUACCUCCCACUCACCUUUUCCACCACACUGGGGGACUGGGCCCUGGAGGUGAAACAUGUGGGUAAAACCCCUCUGGGGUCCAGACAUGCAAACCUCUGGCACCACUGUGUCCCAGCCAAACCCCAGCUUCCCCUCUGGUCUCGGUUUCCAUUUCUGAAAAAUGGGGGGGUUGGAUGCAGAAAGCUCCUCUGGGCUUAUGACCCUCAGAGGAGAAGGACUGGAAAGAGCCUUAAAGAAUCCUUACCCCCCCCCCC